AUGCAGAGGUUGAGUUCGUGGUUUGAGCAGUUACCGUUGCGCAGACGUUCAUCACAGCGUCGUGCCGAAGCGAGCUACUCGCACAAACAGCAGCAGCACUCAAAGUCCGCAGCACCACGUCUCCGAUACAGCUUCUCAUCAGUAACACAAAGCAAUAGGGCUCGAGAUCAUUCUGCUGAUGUUAUUUCACGUUCUCUGAUCGUUUCAGAUCAGUCGCAUGUGACAGUUCCGGAUUCUUGGAGCGGGCAAGAAACGGUAAUUGGCGCGUGCAAUAAAACGCAUCAUGCAUCCCUUUCACAGUCAUACGUUUAUGGCUCCGGACGAAUGAAGAUCCGUACCAAUCCGUGGAUCUCUCGAGAUCGCCCUUCUCUUCGUGGUAAUAUUUUGCCACCGAAACCACCAAAUGAGCUGCUCUAUGCGUCAGUGGAUCGAUGUUCGUCGUUACGCGUCAAAAGUUUAGAUGAAAGUACAUGUAGUUCAGGAUAUGGUAGUCAAGACAGUAGUCCUGACUCAUCGGUUCAUUCACCCGAUUGGCAACAGCAAUCGAAGAAACGGUGCGAUUUGGAAGAUAAAGCAAUUGAAUGCCGUUCGAUUGAUGUGGAUGAGGCGUUGGGAAUCGAUUUAGAUGAUAGCAUUGAGCAGGAAGACGAGAAUAAUAAUAAUAAUAAUAACCACUCGUCACAGUAUCGUGCCGUGUGUGAUGCUCGUAAAGAGGACGAACACAUUUAUCACGAACUCGAGGCAUUCAAUCGCAUUCCGUUGUCAUUAGCUGCCUCCAAGAAUGCAUGCUCAUCAGAUUGUGUAUUUGCAACAUCAUCGAUAUACACCAAUUUACAUCACCGUAUUCAACAACAAAAACAACGACACGCAUCACCACGUCAUUGUUCAUCACCAAUCUAUGCACAACCCUAUCAGAUAUCCCCAAUAACUAACGGCCAAUAUUCACAUCAAUCAUAUCCCUUGCAACGGUCCAAUCGUCAGUUGAUGUAUCAAGAUUUGGAUGAGUAUGAUUACGAUGAUGAUGAUGAUGAUGAUGAGGAAUCGAUCGACGCUUUCGACAAUCCAUCAAAUCUGUCUGAAUUCCCAAAUAUGGCCGCAAGUUUUACAUAUAUUCCAUGUGCUGGCGUUCCGUAUCGAAGCAGCAAUAUUCCAGUGGCAGUAGAACCGCAUUUCCAUGCACCACCGCCUCCUCCAUCUUCAACCGUUCAACCGAUAUCAUUCGAUGAUCUUGAUCGGGUUGAGAUGGAUUUUCUAGCCGAACUUGACGCACAAAUUGCUGAACUUCAGGUGAAAAGUGUGGCAGUACGUCAGUUGGUGGACGAGGCUCGUGAACGACGUGACGCUCGUGCACGUACGAAGCAGUUAUGCAUGGAGCAGUUGGCUGAAUUGAAACAGCUCAAGUGGGUGAUGCGCGAUCACUUCGAGCUUGUUCUUUGA